AUGAGCUCUCUAGUACCUCCAGCAACCGCUGAAUACGGUGGCGACGAGGUGUCCGCAAUUAUCCUCGAUCCAGGCUAUUCAACUGUACGCGCCGGCUUCGCGGGCGAAGACACACCGAAAUCUGUCAUUCCAACCUGCUACGGGAAGUACACUACAGAUGCCCAGGACAAAUACAUUUAUGGAGACAGCAUCUACGUCACGCCACGGCCGGGGCUCUCCAUUCACAAUCCAAUGGGGAGAGAAGGGAUAGUAGAGGACUGGGACGCAGCAGAGAAAGUAUGGGAAUACUCAUUCACAUCCCGGUUAACGGGGCCCAAGUCCGGGAACCCUCUGUUUAAUGGAUUAAAUGACACUGCCAAUGGCGACCUACCGGCGGAGAUGGAUGUCGUGGAAGCGGAAGAGAAGCCGUUGGCUGAUAGCCCGCUACUUAUGACAGAGUGCGGUUGGAAUCCUGUCAAGGCACGGGAAAAGACUAUUGAAAUAGCAAUGGAGAAAUGGGGGACACCUGCCUUCUAUCUGGCUCGGAAUGGACCAUUAGCUGCCUUCGCUUCAGGCAAAGCAUCAGCCUUAGUUGUUGAUGUUGGCGCAUCAGGCGUUUCCAUAACUCCCGUCCACGACGGCCUAGUUCUAAAAAGGGGCGUUCAACACUCCCCUCUUGGCGGAGAGUUUAUAUCCUCACAGAUCCGCGCCCUUUUCAGGACGAACUCGCCACAACCCAUAACAAUCACUCCACACUACCUCGUGUCUUCUAAGACAGCAGUGGAUGCUGGUCAACAGGCCCAAGCAACCUACAAAACUAUUCCCGCAGACCGGGCCCCAGACCCAUCCUUCCGUCGACUCCUGGAAGACCGGACUAUAUCUGAAUUCAAAGAGUGUGUGGUGCAAGUUUGGCCCGGUCCGCAUUCCCUAUCCAGCACCGGCCCCAAUGGCAUCCCCAAUGAGGAGAUCGCCAGGGGGAGUCCAGGCCGCCCCUUCGAGUUCCCGGACGGCUACAACCAGGUAUUUGGGGCCGAGCGAUACCGCGUAGUUGAAUCGCUAUUCGACGCUCAAGCGGCGAUUCCCGAUACAGAACCAGAGUUCCCCGCGCCCACUGCUGCCCAAACAAUACCAGAGCUAAUCCGAAACUCUCUAAGUCAAGUCGACGUAGAUAUCCGACCGCACUUGCUCGCCAAUGUAGUCGUGACGGGUGCGACUAGUCUGCUGUACGGCUUCAAUGAUCGACUGAACUUUGAGCUUAUGAACAUGUUCCCGAGUCCCCGGUUUCAUAUUGGUCGUUCGGUGUCAUAUCUCGGUGGUCUUGCUCUCUUCGGUUUCUCCGUGGUGGGGUUUCCAUAA